AUGGAUAAUGUCGCGUUUGAUAAUGAUGGUGGAAACAAUUCUGAGAGUGAUGAUAUAUCAUCAAGAAAAGGAGUUGUGGAGAGGCUACGAGGUGAGAUAUUAGAGCACUUCAAUCGAGUGGAAAAGAAAAUAUAUUUGUUUCUCCAGUUGGUUGGUAGAGGUGGAGUUCAGUCAGAAAGGAGUGGAUUUGAUGAAAAUGCUUAUAGUACACACAGUCAACAGAACGAAGAGGCAAGAGUGGAAAAAGAUGUGAUUAUUGAAGAUUGCUCCAAAGAAGAAGUCACACCGAAUAAACAACACGAGACUUUUCCUAUAUAUGAUGAUGGAUUUGUGCCAGAUCCUUCAUCUGCCAUAGUUGUGUACCAACAACGGCUUUAA